AUGAUUGCUAAACUGACGCUCCUGAGCCUGACUGUGCCAACGUUGCUGCUGGUGAUGCCUCUCAUUGCUUACGUCCUCCUUCGCACGGCCUCGAAACUCCGUGCAGCCAUCAGGUCGCUCAAGAGGCUGGAGACGGUGGCUCGCUCGCCGUUGCAUUGCCUCCUUGCGGGGGCCGUUGGCGGAGGUGCUACGUUGCGGGCUUUCAGGGCAGAGCGGCGUUACUUUGACCGCUGUGUAGCCGCGCUGCUGCUCUACGGCAACACUUCCUACUUAAAUACCUGUCUGCAGGCGUGGCUGGCUCUCCGCUUGCAGCUUAUUGGGGCCUCCCUCCAGGCGUUGCUUCUCGCGGCAGUGGCAUUGCCCCUUUACUUCUGGCCUGAACGCCUGGAGCAGGUACGGGGCGAGAUGGCUGGCCUCAUGGCCCUCAGUCUGUAUUCGGUGUCUCCUCUCGUGCGGCUCCUCACCCAGAGCAUUACCACCUUUGUGCGCCUGGAGGUGCAAAUGGUUUCUGUAGAGAGGAUUCGCGACUACUUGCUCGUUCCAGCAGAGGACCCCAACUACGACGUAAUCACAGGCCUUCCAUGGCAUCCCAUCACCUCUAAGCCUGCAGCGCCGUCCUCCUCCUGGUUACCCUGGCUAAGCUGGCGCAGGCGGCUUAAGAAAGAUGCGAAAACCACGCAACUGCCUGUAUUUGUUGACAAUGAAGAGCAGCAGCCGCUGUUAAAGCAGCGCCGGCAGCCUGAAACGUGCCCUGACUGCUCCGAGCCAAGAGCCCUUCUCUAUCUUGGCGCACUUUCGUCUCCCCCACCUCCAGCUUUUAGGCGCUCUGCAGCAGCUGCAGCAGGCGCUCUCGCUGUCCAUGAGACUCUCGCGUGCCUUCGGGGGCGGGGAGGCCCCUUGUCGGCUUCGUUUGCGGUUGGUGAUCUCUGCACCAAAGGCACUAUGAACAAGCAGCUUUCAACGCCGUUUCCUGACUCCGUGUCGCUGGGCUUUAGAACGCGGGGUCGAAUAGACUUUGAGAAUGUUACUGUGGCCUACAGUUCUUGCAGCCCGCCUGCAGUGCGAGGCGUCUCUUUGACGAUUCAUCCCGGGGAGGCGGUAGGCAUUGUCGGCAGGACUGGGGCUGGUAAGAGCACUUUGCUGCUGGCCUUGACACGGAUGGUUCCCUACACGGGGGUGAUCAAAAUAGACGGCGUUGACAUACAAAAAUUGCCGGUACACGUGCUGCGUUCUCGGCUGGCGUAUGUUCCCCAAGUGCCGACGCUCUUCUCUGGCACCAUUCGAUCCAACUUGGAUCCGGUAGGCGCACGCACAGACGCCGAGCUGUUCGAGGCCCUCCGUCUCUGCAGACUGGAUCAGGUGGUGAAGGCACUGCCUCAGGCCCUGGACACCCCUAUUGCCACCGUGGACGAGGCUUCUUCCGUUGAAUUCCGUAUUCGGAGGUCUCGCAGAAUUCAGGGGGGCACCCGUGUGCGCCUGGCCUCUCCGACCAUGGCCUCCUCUGCACAGCAUGAGGAAGGCGCUGUGCAGCCCAGGAGGCGCGAAGUAUCCCCCUUUUUAGCACGGGAAGGCCCCAUGGGAAGCGCUGCCCUGAUGACUCCUCCCGUCCACGAGCGUCCAUGGAACCGCGGCAACUCUAAGCCUUCUGGUGGGGGAGGUAGCCAGAGUAUUCGCCUGUCUAUUGGGCAGAAGCAGCUUCUCUGUUUUUGCAGAGCCAUUCUACGGGACGCCCCUAUAUUGUGCCUUGAUGAGGCAAACAGCGCAAUGGACAGCUCUGUGGAAGAAGAGGUCCUCGUUCCGGUUAUCAAGUGGUGCUUGAGGAGGGGCAGCGUUCUGAUCGUCUCUCACCGCUUGCAGCACCUGCCAUCUCUAUGCCACCGCGUUGGCGUAGUAGGCGAGGGGCAGCUGCUGGAGUUUGCACCUCCCCGCAGCCUUCUGAAGGACAAAACGUCGCGUUUCCAUGCCCUAUAUUUGGCUUCAAGGGCCUCUCCUGGUUCGUCUCCUAGCAGUUGA